UGUGCACUGAUUACUCGCUCUGUCUCGUUUUUGUGGGCCGACCAAUCUUGGUAUAUAUAACACUACUAGUCGCCGGCCGGUGUUCGAUGUGACACGUGAGAAAAUGGCUGGAAGGUGCAGGUCUCUCGUUCUUCUUCUCUUUAUGCACGUCCUGUCAGGCUCUGCACAGACUGUGCCGUGCUUCACUGGACUUGGUUGUGGUUCUGGUAGUGUUGGCCUACAGGUUUCAGCAUUGGCCUGCUGUAGCAUGGCUGAUACUCUCUCAUUCAGACGUACAGUGGACGCCGAAUCAUGCUUUACAUGUUAUGGUAAGCUAUACUGACAUCAGUGUUUGGAACUGAUUUUUUUGGUUCUAUCAGGGUUUGGAUGGGUACAGAAUAUCAGCAGUGAUUUGACAUCAGCUGAGCCUCAGACUGAAAUAACUGCUGUGGAAGGACAGACUGUCUCCCUGACACUUUUCUACACUAAGAAUAAUCCACCAAAUUCCCUCCGAAUAGACUUUAACAUUCAGACCUCUGGUUCAGCAACAGAGGGAGUGGACUAUGUUGUCACUCCAGAUCCAGCUAGUGUUUUCAUGGACGAAGUGUCACUGCAGUUGGUCCCAGUCACAGUUAAUGUCACUCUAGUCCCUGAUGGUAUAGGAGAAGAAGGGACUGAAGACAUUGUACUCACUCUAGUGCAGCUUCCACCGUUCGAACCCGAGCGUGUUCUCAUCAACCCAACAGUCAGGAUCCGUGUCGAAGAUAAUGACAUUCAGACUGGGUUCAGGACGCCGGGGGAUGGAUGUAUCCCAGAGGGUGUGUUGCAGGAGAUCUGUCUGACUACUGUUGGAUCUCCUGCAGUGGAUACUGUGCUAACUGUCUCCGUCACUUAUGACACUGCUGGACCUGAAGACUUCGAUCUGAUCACACCACAAGUGACCAUCACUGAGACUAUGACUGAGCCGUGUGUGAGUUACCAGGCCAUAGCAGAUGAUCUGGGACUGGAGGGAGUGGAGAACCUCACUCUGUUUCUUAGUGGACCUCCCAAUGUACAACUGACUACUGCCUCUCUACACAUCUGCAUUCAGGACUCUGACGGCACUGUCCCGUGCUUCACUGGACUUGGUUGUGGUUCUGGUAGUGUUGUGGAACAGGCUUCAACAUUGGCCUGCUGUAGCAUGGCUGAUACUCUCUCAUACAGACCUACAGUGAACAGCGAAUCAUGCUUUACAUGUCAUGGGUUUGGAUGGGUACAGAAUAUCAGCAGUGAUUUGACAUCAGCUCAGCCUCAAACUGAAGUAACUGCUGUGGAAGGACAGACUGUCACUCUCACACUUUUCUACACUAAGAAUAAUCCACCAAAUUCCCUCCGAAUAGACUUUAACAUUCAGACCUCGGGUUCAGCAACAGAGGGAGUGGACUAUGUUGUCACUCCAGAUCCAGCUAGUGUUUUCAUGGACGAAGUGUCACUGCAGUUUGUCCCAGUCACAGUUAAUGUCACUCUAGUCCCUGAUGGUAUAGGAGGAGAAGGAACUGAAGACAUUGUACUCACUCUAGUCCAGCUUCCACCGUUCGAACCCAAGCGUGUUCUCGUCAACCCAACUGUCAGGAUCAUUGUCGAGGAUAAUGACAGAGAGCAAGGAGAGGUGGUAUGGGAGAUGGGAAUGGUUGGAGUCACGGAGGGAAGUGGGUCAGUGGAGGUCUGUGCCAACUACACUGAAGCGGUCGAGGGAUUCACCGUGGAGACAUCUACCACAGAAGUCUUUGCCCUCAAUGGAUCAGACUUCCUAGCUCAGAUAGGGCCCACGGCUCACCUGGUAUGGAAUGCAGGCUCCACAAUAGCCUGUGUCUCCAUUCCAAUCAUUGACGACGAGCGAGUGGAAAAUGAUGAGAUAUUUUACGUCAACAUGGUCCGAAUCGUCAACUCGCCCUCGGGGGAUGAUCCUCGUCUGGUGCCCCUGGCGAUUAUCAUGAUCAUGGACGACGAUUUGAUUCCAAUAGUUUUCACAGUAGACAGUAUCGUCACCACCGACGACCAGCCAGCUGUCGAGGCGUGUCUUGAAGUCGAUAACGAGCUCGUUGAUGAGAAUGUGGCCUAUCGGAUACCCAUCGCCGUGGAAACUCAAGACGGAACUGCCCAGUCUGACGUGGACUUCAUGCCAUUAAACAAACAUGACGGGAGGGGAGGCCACGUAGAGGUCUCCUCACUCUCCAAGCCCUUCUCGUUGCUUCACCGUAUCACUCCUCACCGCCAAGGACAAACCAAUGGACGACGGAAUUUCUUCCUUGCACGUGAUGUCAUGACGGCGCAAGGAUCAACCCUCUGCGAGCAGAUACAGCUGCCGCUGAUCUAGAACUACACAAUCCACUGCUGCACAGAUCGAAGUUGGAGACAUAUCAGACUCAGUCCUCAGUAACCCUCUGUUCUCUGUGACCCUCGACAUGAAGGCAGACGAAGAUGACUCUUAUCUCUGCUACGAAAUCCACGGAGACUCAGGACUGUACCUGAAUUUAGUCUCGACACUUGUUUUCAAUCAACGCCGGCUACGAGACAAUCGAAGGAGCCCCCACCUACAACAAGAUCGAUGCACUCUUUAUAACAACAUCAGAUGCAGCUGGCGGGUGUAGUAAUAUCGAAAUACUCUCGUCGGAGUCCUGCACGGCUGCGUAUUUGGUCGGUAGUGACUACGGCCUGGUGCUACGAGAGCGUUACCGUAGGAACGGAGUCCAAGUCGAGUUUCUGGACGGUCGAAUCGAGGUGACGUUGCCGUGCCAACGGUAUCCAGGUGGGGGUAUAAAGGUCGUCGUCAAGUGCAACGCGGAGUACCAGAACCCAGUCACAGAGGAGAUGCUGCCGGUCAAGAAUUUGGACCUUACAUUCCGUCGCGGGAAAUUGGCUUCUGAUGCCUACCCCAUGCCUCAUGGUCUUCUUGGUCAAUUCUGGCGUCUGGACUUUGAACAAGAGCCAUUCCGUCAGCAGUUUGUAGACGGGAACUCUCGCGAAAAUGCCUUCGUCAUGACAACACCGGUCGACCUCGGGGUGCGUAGUUUCGUCGGGAUAAUGUACCACCUCACCUGGACUCCGCGAAAAAGCAGUGUCUAUGCCGGCAGUAGGCAAGCUGGUACGUCGCGCUAUGUCACAUCGCCGGCCGAUUCCGUCAUUGAGGGAUUGUACCAAGACUACUCAGUGAGUGGACGUUUCGGUACCGACUAUCAGUACAGCGUGUUUCCAAGGAACGAUUUCAACUGUGAGACGCCAACAUUUGGAUAAGAAACGUCACAAAACACUUUUGAUAGGUUUUCCGAGAGUUGCAAAAAAAUUGUGAGACGGUGUCCCUGUACAUGAAAUUAUAAUUGUAUGUAUUUGUAUAAUACAAUAUGUGGCCCUUUACACAGACAAUAGUCAUUUGCUCUUUGACACAAUCAGCACAAGAAGCAACCUUGUAUGUACAAUGCACUCCCAAAACAAAAACAACGAAAUUUCGCAUUUCCAUUCACUUGCCAAAUAUCAUUCUGGUAUAUCGAAGAAAGUUUUUGCAUAUUGUUGCUGAAGCGAAAACAAGCAA